CCGACCACCAGAUAGAUAGCGGCGAUGGUUGUCGUAGGGUGGAUCGCUGGCGGGCAUCAUCACCCUUGCGAGCUUCCCAUGCCAGUGGUACGUGGAAAAGCGUCCGUAGCGACUACAGGGUUCGGAGAAGACCAAAUUCGGUUGGGAUCACACAACGGGCGUCCGGGUAAUAUCCUUUGAAGCAUUUGCGCUUGCGCUUGGCACUUCCUGUCUUCAGCUGCCAUCCAAAUGUUCACUUGAAUGUCAUGGGCAGAGUACGGACGCAUAAAGGGUCAAUGUAAAGAGCGGAUGCAGUCUGAAAUGCGGUGGGCGCUGCAGUAUAAGUACCUAACCGCAACCCAUUAUGCUUUUGUGCGCCCGAGACGGCAUCUUCAGCUCGCUUCGAGCUUAUUCGCCGCCGUCGCUGUGUGGCUGACAGGAUUUACGCGGUUUGGCCACCGCUCUGGUUGUCAUUUGAUAAUGGAUGCAGCUUCGAGUCGGGGUUAGCAGUAACUACUUGAGCCUCAUCUGGACCGCCACACUUGCGAAGAAGGCACGCCAGGUGUCGCCGCAUGCUACGCUGUCGAACUCCGGUCCUAGGCUCUCCUCGAUGCUUGCUAAAGCAGCGAACACCGCACUCCCCGCUCAUAACGGAGAUCGAAAAGACUCUGCGUUACCAAAGCGGCGUCUCGUUCUGGGCGAAUGCAGACCGCAGCUUUAUGUACGGCAUAGCUAUCGCAACUCACGUCUGUCUUACGCUCCUACGCUUCAGCACCGCUGCAUUCCGCCUAGGCCACAUCCAACUUCCGUCAUGUUACUACCCGCUAUUGCCAGCAAGACGUCAGCCAACCUGGCACGGGUAAGCUAAUCAGUACUCGACUGACAAGAAGAGAUCAGACUUAGCCGCCGUGGGCACAGCGUUGAGGCUGUAGUUUCAAUUUGGUAGUGAGUACAGGAUCGAAACAUGUUCACGUAUAC